GGUUAUUGUAACUCCGCGGCGGGGCAAGUCAGUCAUCAUAUCUAUCGCAAUCUCAACUUCACCUUCUCUCUCCAUCCUCCAUUCCUCGAACUACGAACCAACCAACGAACCUAGCUAUCUGAACACCCACACCCACAACCAACAUCUAUAUACAAUACUCUUCACUGGGUAAACCAGCUCUUAACAACCACCACCACCACCACCAAAAGACCAAAAGCAAAAUGCCCCCAUCACCACCCACGCACCCACCCCUCCUAGGGAAACAAAACCCCCUAACGCUCAUCGUCGCAACAACCCCAAUCCCCUCUUCCUCCGCCUCCAACCCCGCCAAGACACGUCUCGGUAUCGGCCUCAACGGCACCCUCCCUUGGCCACGCAUCAAAACCGACAUGUCAUUCUUCGCGCGCGUCACGACGCGUCCACCCGCUUCUAUCCCAGGGUCCACGAACGCGAUCGUCAUGGGACGGAAGACGUAUGACUCCGUUCCGGCGGGGUUGAGACCGUUGGGGAAGAGGUUGAGUGUGAUUCUUUCGACGGGUGGGGAGGGAGGCAAAGGUGGGCUUGGGGAGAGGGUGAGGGGGGACUUGGAGAGGAAGUUAAAUAAGGAGAGGGAGCAGCUGGAGCAGAAGAAGCAACAGGCAGAAGUACAGGGACAGGCAGAUGGACAGGGACAAGCACAGUCCGGAUCGCAAGCCAACACCUCGGAAAACAAGGAAGAGCAACCCGGCAAACAAACCUCCGCGCACAUCUCCACCUCCCUCCCCCAAGCACUCGAAACCCUCGCCCAACCUCCCUCGACAACCGGCCUCCCCGAACUCGGCCACGUGUAUAUCAUCGGCGGUGCAGAGAUCUAUGCCUCGGCGCUGGACCUCCCCGCGACGCAACCGGUGCGGAUCGUGAUGACGAACGUGGAGAAGUUGAACCCGGGGGAGACGUUCGACUGCGAUACGUUCUUCCCUGUGGACGAGGAAUUGGAGGAGGAGAGGGGCUGGAGGAAGGUUGGUGCGGAGGAAGUGAGCGCGUGGGUGGGCGAGGAGGUUACUGGGGAGUGGAAGGAGGAGGGGGAUGUGAGGGUUCGGAUGGUUGGGUAUGAGAGGGUUUAGUUUCUUUUAUCUAGGAAUUGAAUGCACUGGGUUGUGAGAUGACCAGGGAGGGUGGAAUGGGAGGAUGGGGUGUAGGGAAAAACCUGUCUACUGGUAAUAGGGCUCACGUUCACUGUAAAUAGUCUAUGCAUUCGGCAAUAAAACCAACUCUUUCUAAUAAGCUAUCAGUCCAUCCAAUGGACAAGUAAUGCAAUCGCUCAAAACAAGAAGACAAGCUAGGCCAGGCUAAUAUACACCAACAAGUAUGGUAUAAGAAAGAAAGAAAGAUAGAAACGCAAUGAAACAAAAUAUAUGCGAGCUGGGAAUAGCAGCGUCAAAAUAUGCAUACCUUACCACCACCAGAAGAGGAAUAUGAACAGACCAAAGUUCAGGGCCACAAUUUACAAGCCAAGAACAAUAGAGCCAAAAGCGAUAUCAGGCUAUCACUCGUUCUGUUUCAUGAACUUCACGAACGCCUUCUUAUGCACCAGGCCAGCGUAUUGUCCGUUCUGAAGAACGCACAGAUACCGCAGCCCCAGCUUGGCAAAGCAUUGAUAUACAAGGUCAAUCGGAGAGUGGAUGUCAAGAGAGAUAGGUGCCUGGAAAGCAGGUCAGUAUUGAAUGACACACACUAGACAUGGGAAGGGGAGACCUACAGGGUCAAUAUAUUGCCCAAAAUCCACAUGAUCCGUCUCGUCUCCUUCGCCGUCCGACAGAACCGAAGACGCAUCCAGCGCCAUCAGACACAGCGUAUUAUCCUCGUCCUCGAGAUCAUCCAAGGCGAACUCAAGCUCUGGAGCCGGAAUCAGCCCCGUGAGAAUGUUGUCGCGUAGGAUGGGAAGACCGCUGUCCAGUUCGCCUGCUACGAGCAGGUUCUGCAGUUUCGAGCGAAGCUCCGUGGCGGGGACGAAUGGGGAGUCGGAAAUAUCGAUCACCCGGCUCUUGCGGACCGGCCGGACGAUAUCCCCUAAUGCUGCGUCGGACAUCACUUGGAUCUUGUUGUCCAAGAACGGGUAGGAGUUCAUGUCGGUGAGAAGAUC